AUGGACCCUUUACAAAUUGGACCAUCUGAUGUUCAAAUUCAUCUUGCUUCUACUCCUUAUCUCUAUCAUUACACACUAAGAUGUAUGAAAUCAUUUAUUGAAUCUAUUAGGCCAAAUGUUAAUGUAAUAGGAAAUUUUAUUUCAAUGACAUUAUCAUUUUUCCCUCCUUAUCCUUUUGCAAAACAAAUAAUCAUCAAUAGACUCUCCUCUAUUAAGUCACGACAACUUAAAAUAGACGAAGUUUUCCAUAAUCAUCUCCUUGCUCGUGGACAAGCUUUACUAGCAAGACAUGGAAUUUUAGGGUGUAUAUUUAAAGAUAAGUUUAACAAUAAAUUAAAUGUUGUUACUGACGAAUAUGAUUUAUAUAAUGCUAAGACCUUAUUAGAAAGGAGUACUUAUGUUGUUCUUAUUCUUCGAGUACCAACAACAAAUGAUAAUAUCACCUGUACUCAAGUUGCAAAACGAAUGUAUCUCGGUGUAUUCACUAAACAAGAUGCAUUUAUUUCUAGAAGAAAGUUAUGUUCCAAUUCAAUAAAACAAGACAUUCAGUUGUCUCUACCUUCAAUGAAUAUUAUAAGAUCUUAUGAAUAUGUUGACAAAAAGAAAGAAGUUAUUCCUACAACCAUUCCUACUGAAAAAUCUAAUAUCUCUUCUUCAGUAUUUGAUGGUGAUGAUUUUAUUAAACCUCAAGAAACUACUCUUGAAUUAAAAGCAAAAAAAAAAGUUUUGAGAGAAUACACUCCCAAAUAUACAUUAAAAACUAAAAAGAAAUUUAUUGAUGAACAAAGUGAAAUCAGUGAAAGGGAUCAAGCGUUUCAAAGAAUUAAUAAUUUGUAUAGUGGUCUUAAGGAACAAAAAGAACUUAGUAAAGAAGAUUUAGAAUUAAUUGAACAAGACAAUGCCUUCCAUUUUUAUGGAUAUGGAGACGAACGAAAUGUUGUUAAGCAAAGUCAAUUACAAAAGAAAUUCUUUGUUGAUUUAAAAAAUGUAAAAGAAGAUGUUCAAGAAGAAGGAAAAGAUGGCACUGAACAACCAAAUAAUGUUAUUCAAAUAAAAGACCAAUUAAAUAACGAAGUGACUCUAAAAGAACAUAAAUUAAAUCCACAUGAAGAAAAUCCAUUAAUUGAACUUGCUGGAGAAAGUGAAGACUAUACAGUUGAAGUUGGUUUAACUCUAGAACUUCGUCAUAUUCUAAAAUGGGAUCAAGCAGAUAUCCAAGCACUAAUGGAAAGAUGUGAAGUUGACUAUGAUGUAUUUGAUGAAAGUAUUGUUGCAAAAGGCCCUCAAUCUAAUAUCUUUAGUCGAGCCAUAAGAGAAUUAUCAAAAGAAGUUUUUAUUGAAGAAAUUGAAUUACCACUUCAACCACAAGUUUGUGGUGCUUUAGUUAUGGCUUUAAAUGGAGAAAUGACUGAUUGUUCUGCUUGGUAUUUUGGGGAAGUUGAAUUACAAUUUGAGGAUGAAGAUCAAUUUGUUCAUUAUAUUGAAAAAGAAGUACUAGAUUUAUUAGAUGAAGAAGAAACAAAUGAACUUAUUUCAUUAACAGCAAAAGAUAAGAAGAGUAUGGAAUAUGGAACUGAACGAUUAAAUGAAUUAACAAAGAAUUAUCGAGAAUUUAAAAUUAAUAUAAAACAAAAAAAAGAAAUCACUCAAAAGAUUAAAAAAGAUAAAAACAAUUACAUAUCUACUCAAAUAUUAAUCUGUUAUAAAGAACAGUGGUAUCUAAUAUCUUUCAAUCAAAAUAUUCUUGAAUCAUUACAACGUGAAUUGUCUUUUAAAUUCUAA